AUGUUGUCCAUGAGGAACUGGGCUAACCGGCGGCUGACGGAAAGUGACAGUUCUCCAGACACUGACCACAAAACUCCACAAGGAACAUUGGAAGAGUAUGCUCUAAGGAACAGCUCGUGCCCCGUCAGUCUAAAGAACAACUCUGAUUUGUUGCUAUGGAUUCAUGUACAUCUGAAGAAUCUCAGUGUAUUAAAAGUUUACGCCAUUGGCACGAAUUAUUAUGUUGCUCUUAACCUGUCAGAGGGGCGCGUCAUCCUUCAGAGGAGGCGACCUUUGCACACUCCUACAAGUCAAAUGCUUUCAGCGCUGCCGUACCCAGUAGUUGAUCUACUGAAAGAAAAGGAAGUGCUCUGGCCUUGCCCUGGCCUUGCCCUGGCCUUGCCCUGGCCUUGCCCUGGCCUUGCCCUGGCCUUGCCCUGGCCUUGGGACUUUCAGAAGCCUCUAAUUCACUUUGAGUUGAAGUCCAUAGAUUCAUUGUCGGUGUCAGUUAAUUGGGCCAGUGAAGUGUGUUCUGAGUUGGUAGAAGAAAGAGGUCUUUUCAUUCUAGCCAUGGGGCCGUUGGUCGAGUCCCCUUCGGUGCGCUUAUCGGGAACGUUAUCCGUCGAGGUCGAAGGAGGUGCAAUUGAGGUCGGGGAGGGCAGGUGGCUGAAGAGUAGUCUCAAGUCUGCAGUGGAAGCUCAGCUGUGGAGUGUGCGUCGCGGUAAAAAGUGGUGCAGUAGGGGAACAGCAGUGGGGGUAAACGGCAGUGCAGGAAACCCUGGUCUGCGCUGUGAAUUGUAG